UGUUCGCCGACGUUCAACCCGCCUGCUGCCACACCGAAUUCAGUCAUUGACGCGCGCGGUUCGACAGGCACGGACGCUUGGCAUAACGGUACUUCUUCGUCAGUUCGUGUUGUGUGGCAUACAACCAACCCCCCACCCCCCCGACGAAAGGCUCUCUUCUGAGAUUUACAGUUCGUGCGUGAACAGCGCCAUCGCCAGCUCGCGUGAGUGAUGCGAAAGUGUACAAAAGUGUGUGUGUGUGUGUGCGUGCUAGUGUGACCGCUUGACGGUUUUUCGAAAAAUUUUCAAAAUACAAAAAAUGCCUCAAUCGCUGCCACAGAUCGGUGACGAUAACGGAACAAAAAGCGGAGAUUAAAACAAGGAAAGAAACGAGAUACAUCUCUGUGCCCCUGCCUCUGCCACUGUGCCCCUGUGCCCGCUCUCUCUAUCUGUGUGCGUGUCCACCCGCCCGCGUGUGUGUGUGUGCGUGUGCCAGUGUGUUGUCUAACAAUUAAUUAGCAUUUAAAUCGCUCAUUUAUCUAACGUUAGACCAUCCAGCCAUCCGAAAGGCGGCCCCCUAAUCAAACAACUAAAAAGAAAGAAAAAAAAAACGUGAAAAACGUGAGGCCCGUGGAGAAAAGGGCAAAAGCAGAGAGGGAAGCGAACAAACAUUCUGUAAAUAACCAUUGGAGAAGGACGGCAACCAACGGCAAUCAAAAUGUUCGGCCAACACAAUUUGCUGGCCGCUCUGUUCAUCAUCGGCUCAUUGAUAGAUUUCAUUACGGGCCUGCGACUGGUCGAGGUCCGGAUACCGAAUUACGUGAUUAAGGGCUCCGCGGCGCAGCUGGAAUGCCUCUACGAUCUGGACGGCGAGGCCCUGUACUCGGUGAAAUGGUAUAAGGACGGCAACGAGUUCUAUCGCUAUGUGCCGAGGGAUAUGCCGCCGGCACAGACCUUCCUCCUGCCAGGUGUUAAAGUCGAUUUGCACAACUCGAGCGACGCGAUUGUUACGCUGCGCGACGUCAAUCUACAGUCGGCGGGACGCUUCCGUUGCGAGGUCUCCGGUGAGGCGCCAUCCUUCCAAACGGUCACCGAACACGGCGAUAUGGUUGUUGUGUCUCUGCCGGACCAGGGACCACCGAAGAUAAGUGGUGGCCGGCCCCGCUACCAGACUGGCGACUGGGUGCGCAUCAACUGCACGGCCGGACGCUCGAAGCCCGCCGUGGAUCUGUCGUGGUUCGUCAACGGCGAGGCCGUCGAGCCGCAGAAGCUGCGCAAAUACGACUCCAUCGUGUCCGGACGCGAGGGUCUGGAGACCUCUGUGCUGGGCCUCCAGUUUCGGGUGGAGCAGAAGCAUUUCCGCAACGGCGACAUGAAGUUGAAGUGCGUGGCCUCGCUGUCGACCUUGUAUUGGCGGAGUAACGAGGAGUCGGUCGAGGGCGAUCGCCCGCAGAAGGCGCCCGUCCUCGAGUCGCGCGAGACCGUCUACGCCAGCAACUCACGCGCCGAUCCCGUCCAAGGUAUGUCAUACCGGGAAUUAUUUGUUACCAAAAUCUUAUCGCUUUUCAUUCAAACAAAUGCAGCCAGCAAAUCGGAUUCGCUUCUGUUGGCCCGUGCGCCCAGUGCCCUGCUGCUAGUGGCCCUGGCCGCGGUGGCAGCCCUGGCUGGCGGUGGCAUCUCUGUCCCUCAGAAAAGCCAGUCCAAAAAUAAAGAUCAUCAAGAAGAUGAGAAAGAGCGAAAGAAACAGCGAAAGCUUGAGAAAAACUUGAAUGAGCGAGUGAGUGGCGUGGAGCUUUCGGAGCUUUUGGCGAGUGAGUUGCUGGCGGAUUUCGAGGGGAAGAGCGCGUGCCAAAGCUCUGCGACGCGGCGGCAGCAUCGAGGACUAACGGUGACUGCACGGUAGCUGCAUUAAGGGGCGCCCCCUCCCCCUCCCCCCCUACCGUUCAACGUUUUCACCGAUUUUUCCGUCUUCGCUUUGCAUAGAAAACAAAAAAAACACAACAAAAAAUCAAAAAAAGAAAACAGAGAAAAAAGAAAACAAAGAAACCCGAAAAGCA